AUGAAUGCCUUCCUGAGCGAAAGGUAUCGGACAUUGGAAGCCAUCGAAGAUAUGAAACCGACUCAGGCAGUUCCAAAAAGGCUUCAAUCCUUCGAGACAAAGGUCAGCACCAAACAGAAAGGGUGUGACUUAUGUUCUAAGGAGAACCAUCCGGUCACCAGCUACGUGACUGCACAAGCACACACAGGGCAGGCACCAUACGCUGCUGCAUCGCAGCCCCCCAAAUUCCGAAAAUGCGAGUUCCUCAACCUCGCCCCCUACACAGCAACCUCCGAGACCCUCCAGCAGAAAUGCAUCGGCAAGCACCUCAGCGAACUCCUGUUCAACCUCAUCAAGUUGCCAUUCCGCAACACCCAGACCCAAGUCUCCGGGUUAAAUCAUUCGGUCUCCGCGAAAUCCUCGAAGCUGUGUCACUUCGGGAUUCGCUCUCCGACUAAGCCAGGUCUACAGUUAGACACUGAAGCGUACGUCCUUCCGGAGCUCUCAGGCAAACUGCCCUCCUAUCCGAUCCCUCGGAAUUCUUUGAAGGACCUGCCCGCACUCCGCUGGGCAGAUCCUACCUUUUUUGAGAGCUCUCAAAUUGAUGUACUGAUCGGGGCUGACAUUCUACCAUCCAUAAUGAUGGAUGGCACCCAACAAAAUAUUUGCGGCUCGCUCCUGGGCCAAGAAACUAUUUUCGGGUGGGUGCUAACGGGGCCGAUUUCCAAGGGUAAGCCGAAACGGGUCGCAUCCUUCACGACCCAGGUGCACCAAAUAGGCGACCCUGAUUCGCUCGACACGCUUCUCAGCAAGUUCUGGGAGGUGGAGGAUCUACCAGUAAAGAUGGUAAAAGAGUCGGACUCCUAUUGUGAAAGGAACUUCCUCCAAACAACAACAAAAGACGCAAGCGGAAGGUACGUGGUGACGCUCCCGUUCCGGGACCCCGAGAAUACCGGAUCCGAUUUAGGAUAUUCAAGGUCCAUUGCGUUAGCUCAGUUCCUUAGAAGCGAAAAUCGUUUAAAAAGAGACUUUCCCUUAAAAGAGCAAUAUGACAGCGUGAUCCAGGAGUACCUGGAUCUGGGUCAUAUGAAAGAAGUUCCGCCGACUCACAAUUCUCCCUCGUAUCAUCUUUCUCAUCACGCGGUAGUUAAGCCCGAAAGCACCACUACAAAGCUUCGCGUUGUAUUCAACGCUUCAAGUCCGUCGGCAAAUGGGACCAGCUUAAAUGAUAUCCUUCAUGCUGGUCCAGUCCUACAAUCCGAUCUAACGAUCCAGGUCCUGAAAUGGCGUUAUUUUCAAUACGCCUUCAGUGCAGACAUUACGAAAAUGUAUCGUCAGAUCUGGGUCGAGCCAAAACAUACCCCGUUUCUGUUCCGAAACAAGGAAGGAGAUAUCCGCGACUUUGAACUAAAAACAGUUAUCUUCGGGGUCAACUGCGCCCCCUUCCUCGCCAUUCGAGUCUUGCAACAGCUGGCAGAGGAUAUCCAAGUGCCAUUUCCAAAUGCCAGCCGCAUCAUCCAGCAGCACAUGUACGUCGACGACGUUCUGGCAGGGGCGAAUUCCGUAAACGAAGCCCAAAGUUCGAUUCGAGAGUUGCAAGCAGCCCUAAGUGCCUCCGGGUUUCCGCUAAGAAAGUGGACCUCGAACAACAAAAGCGUCCUUAAAGACGUCCCGGCCGAACACCUCCUUCAUAGCGAGUUCCUCGACAUCGAUGCCGAAAGCACGGCCAAGACGCUCGGUAUUCGGUGGAGGGCAAAGUCCGACGAAUUCUAUUUCGUUCCCCCCGAAAUAGUUGUGGAACCCUCCUAUACAAAGCGAGAAGUUUUGUCCCAAAUCGCUAGGUUGUUCGAUCCUGCCGGGUGGCUCGCGCCGUUCAUAAUCCGUUCAAAAAUGUUCAUGCAGGAGAUUUGGUUGCAGAACUUAGGCUGGGACGAUAAGCUUCCCACUGAAAUGAGUCAGCGGUGGCAAUCGUUUUUAGACGAGUAUUCCGACCUCAACCAGAUCCGCGUUCCGAGAUGGAUCUGGUACCAGCCUGAGGUGAUCAUAGAGCACCACGGUUUCUGUGACGCGUCUCAGAGAGCCUAUGGAGCGGCUAUAUACAUCCGCGUCGAGAUGGGGCAAAGGAUCCUGACUCGCCUGCUUACAGCCAAAACACGAGUGGCCCCGGUAAAAACCGUCUCCCUUCCUCGGCUAGAGCUCUGUGGUGCCGUGCGGUUAACCGAAAUGGUGACAGCAAUCCUUCCGCACAUGCCCUCCGCCAAUUCAGAUAUCCGCUGCUGGACAGAUUCCACAAUCGUCUUAGCCUGGCUACGAAAGCCUGCGUGCAACUGGACCACAUUUGUGGCCAACAGAGUUGCCAAGAUCACGCAGGCGACGCCAGUCGACUGUUGGGCACACGUUCGCUCAGAACAAAAUUCCGCCGAUCUAGCCAGUCGAGGCGUAUCCCUACAUGAAUUGGCAGAAAACCAUCUCUGGUGGCACGGACCAGAGUGGCUGCAAGGGCCACGAGAGCUAUGGCCAGCACAAAGCGACACUCUUCCAGUGACAGAACUAGAACAGCGCGCGGUCAAAGUGCAUUUUGUCAAGGCCCCGUCCAUCGACUUUCUCGAACGUUUCUCCAAAUUGGACAAGGCCCUGCGAGUUCUGGUCUAUGUUCAACGCUUCCUUAAACGCUGCCGCAAAGGAUUCGGUGAUCCUCGCCGCUGGAUGCACGUCGUUGCUCCCUCGUCGUCCUUCCGUCGUACGCCUGCGUCGCUGCCGACGGGGAUCCUUACCGGCUCGCCUGGGGCUUAG